GUCAGGCAUUAAACAAGGUUGCCCGCUUAGUGGCCUACUAUUCAUUCUGGCCAUUGACCCUGUGGUCACGGCCAUUCAGGAAGAAGCUGAACUCCACCAUGUCCUGGCGUUUGCAGACGAUUUGUGACUCAUCGAAGACUCACCGGAGGCAUUGCAACGAUCGAUAGACGCCACACGCAACGACUAGGAUCAAUUGGUCUGCAGCUGAAUGCGGCCAAGUGUGCGUCGCUACAUUUGUCCGGCUGUACGCCUGUUGGGGUGCGGGGGACCAGUUUCCAAGUAGAUGGUGUCCCGAUGAAGCUUUUGAAGGAAGGCGAGGCAGCCACAUUUUUAGUAGCCCAAGUAGGCUUUAACAUCGUCCCUCGAAUGGCCUCCCUGGCUAAAUAAUAAAUAAUAAAUAAUAAACAAAAUAACAGACAUUGGUCUGAAGAUAGCACGGAGUAAGCUGGCCCUGUGGCAACGGAUUGACACCCUCAAAACUUUCUUCUACCCAUCUACUAUCCACAUGCAACGAAUGGGAACUUUUUCAAAGUCCGACUGCGCCACGAUAGAUCGGAUUCUCCGGCCAGAAUUAAAAAAGACCUUCUAUCUUCCGCAGAAGGCCUCCGGAGAAUUCCUCUACGGCUCGUCAAAACGUGGUGGAUGCGGCAUACGGCUGCUCGCGGAAGACAGUGACAUUGCAGCAGUCGAUAGCAGUUUUAAACUGCUCACGUCACCGGACCUUCGCUUAGCAUCAGACACGGCAGCCCAUGCAAAGGAGACAACUUGGAGGCGUCUACGGAAAAACGCAGACGCGGCUGAAGUAGGCCUUUACCUGUCAGGAGAAGAAAACGGUAUAUUCCGUGAAACACGUGGAUAUGGUGGUGUGGCCAAUGUUUGGUCAAGAGCACGUAAUGCAUCAAAACGCCUGGGCGUCUCUUGGACUGUGGAUGGUGACCAUACAGCCAUUACCUAUGACGGGGUGGUUCUACGGCGAAAACAACGUCGAGAGGUAAUGAGAAUUAUCCGUAAAUCAAUCCGUCUAAAGAGGUCUGAGACCCUUACUGCGAAACCGGACCAAGGCAGGGCCAUGGAAUGCGUGGCAGCGGACUUGGCGUCUACACAUUUUAUCAAGUCAGGGGAUUUCACGCGGUUCGCGGACUGGAGGUUUAUCCACAGGGCGAGGCUGAACUUGGUGCCGCUGAACGGCUCCUCGUCAUGGAGGACUGGUGACCGUAGGUGUCGGAGAUGUGGGUACACAACAGAAAGCCUAUCCCACGUCGUCGAUCACUAUAUGCGAUAUACCACGCUCUACAUGGCCAGGCACAAUGCUAAUUUGGCUAGGAUCAAAAAAGCAGCCGGGACGUGGUUCCAG